AUGCCUCAUGCACUGAACUCGGAAGUUGAAUACCUCCUGACGCUGGAGGCCAUCCGGGAGCGAUCCCGACUAGUCUACCAGGCUGCCUUGGAUGGCAGACUGAAUAGCUUCGAGUACAAUAGUGACCGCAUGCCGGCCGUUGCCGACUUUGUCUGCGACAUCAUCAGGCGUGACUUUGGGCCUGACCGGUACUCCGAGAUUCCUCCCCAUGGCCGCUGGCAGCACUUCAACGUCGGAGGUAUCGAUCGAAUCUCGCCACUCCUAAAAGAGUGGAAGUCAGAAGGCUGUGACGAUGUUGAGAUCACUCGCAGAUUGGUUGAUCUUUUCUUUGUCUCAGUCCUGCUGGACGCUGGUGCGGGCGACGCAUGGACGUUCGAAGAGGAGUCUACGGGUCGAUUUUACAAUCGGAGUGAGGGAAUUGCGAUUGCAUCACUUUACAUGUUCUUAGCCGGUGCAUUCUCUACUAGUGAUGAGAGGGCAGCAAGUGUGGAUGCUCAGGGUCUGGUCGAGCUCAGCGAAAGCGCUUUCAGCAAAUUCUUUCAACUUAGUCCUGAAAAUCCACUGGUUGGGGUUUCAACGCGAGUACAACUUCUGAACAACGUUGGCAGGUCCCUCCUCGGUUUGUCAGAUGUGGUGGGCAAGAGGGGGCGUCCAGGAAACCUGGUCGACUAUCUGUUGUUUUCAAAGUCCAAUGGUCAGAUUGACUAUCGGACGAUGUGGUCGGUCCUCCAGAUGAUUCUCAUUCCAGCCUGGCCAAAGGAUAGACCCUCCAUUGCAGGUUGUCCGAUCGGGGAUGCUUGGCCUGUCAAGGUCUUAUCACAGAGAGCUGUCGAGGCUGGAUGCCGUGAUGACCUGUCAAUGAGUGUUCAGCCGUUUCAUAAACUCACGCAGUGGCUCGGGUACUCUUUGACUGUGCCUUUCGCCCGCAUACUUGGGGUCGCGGUUCACAACCAGGACUUGGGAACGGGGCUCCCUGAAUAUAGGAAUGGUGGUCUCUUCGUCGAUCUCGGAGCCCUUCAGCUCAAAGCUCCGGCUCUCGAGACGGGUUGUUUGGCCUCCAAGCAAGAACUACCCAUGUUCAGUGCGACAUCUGACACUAUCAUCGAGUGGAGAGGUAUGACGGUAGCUCUACUUGAUGAACUCUUCAAGAUCGUAUCAGCACGAUUUACUGAGCAAGGUGUUCAGCUCACCAUGGCUCAGAUGCUGGAAGCAGGGACAUGGAAAGGGGGAAGAGAAUUGGCGGCGAAGUACCGUCCGACAACAAAGUCAAGUCCUAUUCUCAUUGACGGUGAUGGGUCAUUGUUCUAA